GAGGGCAGAGCGGCGGGGGCGGGCCGUGGGGUGGGGCCGGCGGCGGCGGGCAGAGCCCCGUCAGGCGAGAGAGCGGCGCGGCCUGGUCCCGCCCCGCUGAGGCUUGUGGGGAGCCCGAGCGCGGCCGCUCCGCGCCGCAGCGCCGCCGCCAUGUUCUCCUUCAACAUGUUCGACCACCCCAUCCCGCGGGUCUUCCAGAACCGCUUCUCAACCCAGUACCGCUGCUUCUCCGUGUCCAUGCUUGCCGGGCCGAAUGACAGCAUCGAUUUCAGAGCACUUGUAAGCCCCCCAAAAGUUACCUUCAGGAAACGUCCUCUAGUGCUAGUAAUUAUGCCACCAUCGGCUUUGGAUCAACUCAGCCGACUUAAUAUUACUUACCCGAUGCUGUUUAAGCUGACCAAUAAAAAUUCAGACCGAAUGACACACUGUGGAGUGCUUGAAUUUGUGGCCGAUGAGGGCAUAUGUUACCUUCCACACUGGAUGAUGCAGAACUUGCUGCUGGAAGAGGGGGGCCUGGUGCAAGUGGAAAGCGUUAAUCUUCAAGUUGCUACUUACUCAAAAUUUCAGCCACAGAGUCCAGAUUUUCUUGACAUCACCAAUCCCAAAGCUGUAUUAGAAAAUGCCCUGAGAAACUUCGCUUGUCUGACUACUGGGGAUGUUAUUGCCAUCAACUACAAUGAAAAGAUCUAUGAGCUUCGGGUAAUGGAGACCAAACCGGAUAAGGCUGUGUCUAUCAUCGAAUGCGAUAUGAAUGUGGAUUUUGAUGCUCCUUUGGGAUACAAGGAACCAGAAAGAAGUGCACAACAUGAAGAGACCGCGGAUGUUGAAGCAGACCAUAGUGGAUAUGUGAGUGACAUAGGAUUUCGUGCAUUCUCUGGUUCUGGGAACAGAUUGGAUGGCAAGAAGAAAGGUGUUGAGCCUAGUCCAUCGCCAAUUAAACCAGGAGACAUUCGAAGAGGAAUACCCAACUAUGACUUCAAGAUUGGUAGAAUCACAUUCAUUAGAAACUCACGUCCGCUAGUUAAGAAGGUUGAAGAGGAUGAAUCUGGAAGCCGGUUUAUUGCCUUUUCAGGAGAAGGCCAGUCCCUGCGCAAAAAGGGAAGAAAACCCUAAGCUGUGGUACCUUCAGUCAGCUAGGAGGAAAAUAAAGUAACAAUUGCAGCA